CACCCAAAGAUGAAACUCAACGAGCAUGAAGCAUUAUUGACACCCAAAGUGCUCCUUGUCCCCUACUCAGAACACCACGUCCUAGCCUACCACGACUGGAUGCAAGAUCCUGAACUCCAAACCUUGACUGCUUCCGAACCCCUCACUCUGCCCGAGGAAUACGCUAUGCAGAGAUCAUGGCGCACCGACGCCGACAAACUCACAUUCAUUGUCUGUGCCGCUCCUUCUCCGAUCGCAAACAAUCCUAUAAAGGCUAUCACUGCUACCAAGGAAGACGCACCAGAAUCUAUGAUCGGCGAUGUUAACCUCUUCUUGUCACCUUCCGAUGACGACGACGAACUUGGUGAAGACAACGACGAGAGCAAAGAGCAAAGAGCCCCAAUAGCGAAAUCAGUCAUCGGUGAAAUGGAGAUCAUGAUCGCUUCAAAAACGCAUCGCGGGUGUGGAUUGGGGAAAGAAGUGUUGAAUGCUUUUCUGUGGUAUGUUAUUCAGUCGCUCGAUGAUAUCAUGAAUGAGUACCAGAGCGGCAAUGCUGUUGGGAGUGAGAAAAUGCGCAUGCAAUAUCUACGGGUCAAGAUUGACAAAGAUAAUGCGCGAAGCAUCAAGUUGUUUGAAAGUGUCGGGUUUAAAAGGGUCACUGAGCAACCAAAUUAUUUUGGCGAGUUGGAAUUGAGAUGGGCCAUUGAAGAGUCGUCAUUCAAAGAUUUACGCGGGAGACUGGGAGAAGGGGUGCAAAGAUUGCCGUUCAGUUGA